AUGGGUAGAGUAGCAUCCAGCAGGCAUCACGAGAGGUGCGGGAAAAGGGCUCCUUGCCUUUCUGGGCCGUCGCAGGGUCUCCCGGAUGGGCGGCGGGUGAAGCCACCCGGACCCGGCAGUGCCAUUGCAUCGCCGACAUCAUCCACCACUACCUCCACUCACCACCACCACUGCCAUCACCAUCCUCAAAUCAUCAGUCAUGCGCUCCUGCAGGGUCCGCCCUUGCAGUCCAACAACAAACAUGCACCAUACUCCUCCUCCUACUCUUCGCCCUUCUGUGAGGUCCCAUCCGCCGCGCAGAAAGAGGGGAGAAUUGGAGAAGAAAAAAAGUAA